UCAGUAUCAGCGCAGCGCAGCAGCGCGGGCACGCUCCUCUGCACAGCCGCGCGGAUCUUCCCCUGUUCUCUCUUUGUUUUUCUCCCAUCUUGGAUUAUUGUUUGAAGUUAUUUUCGCUUCAUUCUUAUCAUUCAUAUUAUUUGGAUCGCAUUCCUUGAUGUGGCUCCUCUCGUGUCACCUUGAUGCGCAGCGUAUCGGAGGAUACAGAGACACGGCCAUUACUGCGGCUCUGCUUUCCUCAUAGCCACAUCGUCGCGGGGGAAAGAAUACAGUCUUGCAGCAAUAGAAUUCUGGAUCAAGGAAGGAACUUGUUUGGCCUGCAUCCACACAGACAUUAUUCUACUUCAGGCUGAUCACUAAUUCAGAUUUUGAUGCUGAACUUACACUAAGCCUGGUUCUGGGUCUCCAAUUGUGGCAGCAGUGAGGCAGGACCCUCAACUCCAGGCACAUUCUGUAGUCAUCUCCUAACCUAGAGACUCUGCCCGUUCUCCUCUGGCACCAUGGGAACCGUCCUGUCUCUCUCUCCCAGCUACCGGAAGGCAGCCCUUUUUGAGGAUGGCCCAGCCACGGUGGGCCACUACACUGCUGUUCAAAACAGCAAGAACGCCAAAGACAAGAACAUGAAGCGUCACUCGCUCAUCAGUGUGUUACCAUGGAAAAGGAUAGUAGCUGUUUCGGCCAAGAAAAAGGGCUCUAAGAAGGUGCAGCCCAACACCACCUACCAGAACAAUGUCACCCAUCUGAACAAUGAGAACCUGAAGAAGUCACAGUCUUGUGCCAACCUGUCCACAUUCACUCAAGAGCAGUCAAGCCCAUCAAACCAAGGCUCCAAAAGCUCUAAUAAUGUGGCCUCCUCUGUCAAGAAAGCACCUCUCUCCAGCUCCAAUGUGGCACCUGGGACACCCAAGAGGGUGAUUGUCCAAGCCUCAACCAGUGAGCUCCUGCGCUGCCUGGGUGAAUUCCUGUGCCGGAGAUGCUACCGCCUCAAGCACCUUUCCCCCACUGACCCAGUGUUAUGGCUGCGCAGUGUAGACCGUUCCCUACUGCUGCAAGGCUGGCAAGACCAAGGCUUCAUCACUCCAGCCAAUGUGGUGUUUGUUUACAUGCUCUGUCGGGAUGUAGUCUCCUCAGAAGUGGCCACAGAACAUGAGCUGCAGGCAGUGCUUCUCACUUGCCUCUACUUGUCCUACUCCUACAUGGGCAAUGAAAUCUCUUACCCUCUCAAGCCAUUCCUUGUAGAAAGCUCUAAGGAGACCUUCUGGGACCGCUGCCUGUCCAUAAUCAACCUGAUGAGUGCCAAGAUGCUGCAGAUCAACUCAGAUCCCCACUAUUUCACCCAGGUCUUCGCAGACCUCAAGAACGAGAGCCAGAAGGAGGAGGAGAGGAGCCGCUUACUUAUUGGGCUGGACCGGUGAGGGAACGCUGAAGAGUGUUUUAGAGUGGAGCUGCAUCCUAGUCUGGCAUUCUUGAAUGGGUUUCUAAGUGACUGGACUGACAAAUCUCAACAGGCAAAAAUUUAAGUGGAAACUUCUGUAUUACGGGUGUUCAGUAAGUAUUAAAUUAUUACACAAAUUGACCCAUACACUCUUAAAAAUAAAGGUGUCAAAAAGGAGGUUUUUGGGAGCAAUGCUGGAGAAGAUCCACUUCUAGUUCCCUAAUGGAUGGUUCUUUAAAGAACCAUUUUUUGUAUAUGAGAUGCUUCUUAAUGUUUUAAGAAGCUCCACAUAAUGUAAAGGUUCUAUACCAAUUAACGGUGUCUCUUGAAACCAUUCAUCCAGGCCAAAAACCAUUAGGGAACCUUUAUUUUUUAGAGUAUAUGGUCAAGACUAUAAAUGAUGAUCAGUGCUGUUGGCUUGGCUUCCACUCGCAACAGAAAUGCCAGACCUGGAUGCACCAAAGAAGUCUCAAAUGGUAAAAAUCCCAAAUCACCGACAAAAAAAUAACAAGGUCACGAAUACGGAAAAACAAAACGACAAGAAAACAUCAGUAGGAACACCAAUUUACAGCUAUGAAUGUGGAGAGGCCUCCUGCUGCUGUCUAGCUAGCGAACUAACUACUGGAGAUACUGCACUGCCUUUUGAGGAUAGGCCUCUGUCGGACUCUGCUGACAAUAAGGACUGAGACUUUGAUUAAAAGGCAGAGGGCGUACACUCCUACACUGCGGCCAUGCUGUUGGAUGCUCACUGAAUGAUACGCACUUUGGCUAUAGUAGCAGUAUGUCUAAACAUGUGUGUCCACAAGAAGGACGAGGCGCACUCCAGUGAUGUCUGUAUAUAUAUGUAUAUUCAUGUAUGUCUGUAGAGAGUUCCUGGAUGCCACAAUUGGAUGAUUUUUGAGAAAGUGUCAUCACUGCACGGGGGCAGUUUAACAGAUUAAAGGUGUAACGCACACAGAAACGAAGGACCUACUUUAUUUUCAUCUACGGAUAGAAUUAAGCGGAUAUUAUACUCUCCUUGGGUGUGCACCUCUGGAGCUUUAUCCAUUGAUUUACCUGUUUCACACUCUUUUUUACUCGGACGUAUAACCGAAUGCAUGUGUGCCAUGCAAUUUGUAUGGUGUUUUGAAGGCAUAAAAUAUUUCAUUUACUUCUUUCCAUUGAAUUUUUAGAACCAACCGCAUUUGCAUUUAGGGAAUGCUAUUUAAAGAAUCUAGUUUAUUUAGCUAUGCUUGCUACAAUGAGCCAUGAUCUUACAAAGUAUCUUUAGUUGUUUUGUUGUCUUAAGUGUGUCACUGUCUAGUUUGAGCAAAAGUCCAUAGGAAAAAAGGCAAUGUAAUAAUAAUAACAAUGAUAAUAAUAAUAAUUAAGCUCAGUGUAAUUUUACAAAAACAGUGCCAUACAUUUGAUGAAAAUCAUGUAGGUCUAAGAAACACACCAAAGGAGGUUGCUCUUUGAAACAGUUCAUUAAUACCAAGAAUAUCUACUCCUAAUUUAUUGCUGUUUAUUUAUUCUCUUAGCACAUCCCUUGCAUUUUUUUCAAAUGUAGUGUUGUAUUGUACAAAUUCCUGCUACAAUGGCUACUUUCAUGUGUAGCAUUUAGACGUAGAUGAUUUGUGGUAAAUGUGAUUACCUUUGGUGGAAAUGAAGAUUGUAGUUGAUGCAAAUAUGCAUUUGAAGGAUUUGGCUAAGGAUAUUACAUCUGGGAGCUUAGUUGAAAAUCAAUUUCAAAUCUGAGCAUCGCCAAGGGUUCUUCAUCAGUAACACAAGGAAGAGACUGUUGGUUUUAGGCUAAGCUAGAAAUACCUGAGACCAUUCGCAUUCUGACCUACAGCAUAGGUCCAUUCUGGUUCUUAACUGCUGGGAUGUCCCACAUAUCAAUCUAAGAAAAGCAAUCAUUCACAGGCAGCCUGUUUCUGUCUUAAGUCAUUUCAUGUCACCGUGGAAAAUGACAGCCUGUGAGAGCGAUUACCAACAUAAGCCAAACAUUAAAGGAACAAGGUUCCCUGCAGUGGACUGGAUGAGAUGAGGUCGUGGGGUGAGUCUAUUCGACCUCUGUCCAGAUAAGCAGGAUUUUAGCUGGACAGGCCAUGCUUGG